AUGCUUGACGCACCCUCUUCCAGUCAUUACAUUCGAUCGCUUCAAGACACGAAGUCCAAGAGGUUUGUCCUUUCAGACAAACACAUUUAUUACACGGCGCAUUCCAUUGCUAAAGGCGUCAGGCGUAACGACAUGCUUUCUAAUGUAACCGCCACGCGGUCGGGUUUCUUGCUGCUGCCUCACUCGUUCACGGACGCUCCCAAGCUAACAUCCAUGGCGGCGGAACAGACAGAAAAGGCAUUCUUGAAGCAGCCCAAGGUCUUCCUUUGCUCCAAGAAAUCUGGGAAAGGAAAAGCUCCUGGAAAAGGAGGAAACCGUUACUGGAAGAGCAUUGGAUUGGGUUUUAAAACACCACGAGAAGCCAUUGAAGGCACAUACAUUGACAAGAAAUGCCCGUUCACCGGCAGUGUAUCCAUCAGAGGCCGUAUUCUUGCAGGGACCUGCCACAGUGCCAAGAUGAUAAGAACUAUCAUUGUUCGGCGUAACUAUCUUCAUUGGGUGAAGAAGUACCAAAGAUAUGAGAAGAGGCAUUCAAAUAUUGCUGCACACAUAUCUCCCUGCUUCCGUGUUAAGGAGGGUGACCAUGUCAUAAUCGGCCAAUGCAGGCCCUUGUCAAAAACGGUGAGGUUCAAUGUCCUGAAGGUCAUUCCGGCUGGUUCUUCGGGUCGUGGGAAGAAGGCUUUCACUGGAAUGUGA